AUGGAACUAAAUUCAACUUCAACUUCUACCACUUCUUUGUUUUCAUUGCAAAGUUUAGCCAGUUCCAUAUCUGAGUUUAACGUUUCGAACACUGCGUUAAAUGUUCCUGCCACUAAUCUUCAACAAGAUGAAAAUGGUGAUUAUAUCGAAUUGAAUUUCCCACCUGAAACUCGUGGUACAACUAGCAUAUCAAAAUAUAUCAUUAUUUUAGUUGGAUUGCCAGCUAGUGGAAAAUCUACCAUUUCCAAGAAUUUGAUUGAUUUCUUGUCAAACUGUACACCCAAGAAAUUGAAAUGUGGUGUAUUCAAUGCUGGCCAAUUUCGUAGAAUGGACACCUAUGCAAAAUUUAAAACAAUGAUGAAGAUAACCGAUAAUUCUCAAGAUGAUAUUUUUAAUCCAAAGAAUGCCUACAAAAAGGAUAUAUACGCCAAGAGAACUCUGACGAAAAUGUUUGAAUCUUUUGUUAAUGAUGAUUUAGACAUAGCUAUCUUCGAUGCCACCAAUUCUACCAUUCAUAGGAGGCAGUUCAUAUUAAAAGAGGUCAACGAUUUUGUAUUGAAUUAUUCCACACCCAUGAUGUUUAAUGUCAAACCAAUUUUCUUACAGGUUGACUGCACCUUGACUUUAAACAUCAAGUUCAAUAUGCAUAAUAAAACUUUCAAUUCGGAUUAUUUUGAUAAACCUUAUGAGCACGCACUGUUGGACUUCAGCAGAAGAUUUAAAUUUUACUCUGAUCAAUUUGAAAAACUUACCAACGAAGAGUUUAUUGGUAAUAUGUAUCAUUUUUAUAAUCCGAAAAAUUGUUUUUAUUUUAAAAUGGUUAAUGGGUAUGUUGUCAAUACAAUAACCACUGAACAAAUUAAUCAGGUUGAUAUAAGCCAGAUUGAUCCUGUUAUCAAAUUAAUUUAUGAAUUUUUAAUACAGUACCACAACUCGGAACAAGAUAAGUCUUAUCGUAAACAAGUUGAUGAAUUUUUUCAAAACUCUGCUGAUGAGAAAGGUGAAUAUUAUAUUAAUACGUUGAAUCAAAUUUUAAAUGAGGACUAUUUUAAACAAACUGUGUUUAGCUGA